AGGUAGCCGAAGAAGAAGACGGAGCCCACGAAGAAGAGAAAUAGUACGUGUUGCUACACACUACACAGAGGUUCCGCCUGAUGAUGGUUGCGGGUGCUUUAGAUUAUACAGCGACAUUUGGUUUUUAUGAUCAUUUUUAAUUAAGCUAAGUCCCACCCAGCUCUGACCAGCCUCGGACUCCUCUCGGCCACUAUGCCCGCUAGAAAGAGAGCCUCCUCCGCGGUGAACAGCGGACCCGCUCCCAAGCGUGCGAAGAGACGCGCAGCCCGCACGGUCAGCGGGCUACAGAAGCCGAGCGGGGACCACGCCGAUCACGGGGUGGGGGGCCGCGUAGCGCUGAUCCUGGCCCGGGGAGGGAGCAAAGGGAUCCCGCUGAAGAACAUCAAGAUGCUGGCGGGGGUGCCGCUCAUCGGGUGGGUGCUGAGGGCCGCUGUGGACUCCAACCUGUUUGACAGUGUGUGGGUGUCCACGGACCACGAUGAGAUUGAGAAGGUGGCCAGGUCCUGUGGGGCUCAGGUCCAUCGCCGGAGUCCCAAGGUCUCCAGAGACUCCUCAUCGUCGCUGGAGACCAUCAGGGAGUUCCUCAGUCAACACAAAGAGGUGCGCGUGCUGGCCAACAUCCAGGGCACGUCGCCGUGUCUGCAUCCGUUCCACCUGGAGGAGGCCCUGAACAUGAUCACGCAGCAGGGCUACGACUCCGUCUUCUCCGUGGUCCGCAGGCACCAGUUCCGCUGGAGGGAGGUGGAGAAAGGAUCCACUGAGAGAACCAAGGCAUUAAACCUGAACCCAGCCUGCCGGCCGCGACGUCAGGACUGGAACGGAGAGCUGUGUGAGAAUGGCUCCUUCUACAUCACUACCAGAGAUCUCAUUAUGAAUAAGAAAAUGCUUCAGGGUGGUAAGGUAGCUUACUACGAGAUGCUGCCACAGUACAGUGUGGACAUAGAUGUGGAUAUCGACUGGCCUGUGGCAGAACAGAGGGUUCUCAGGUACGGUUACUUCGGCCGGGUCACGCCUGAGGUGGUGCAGCUGUUGUUCUGCAAUGUUUCCGGAUGUCUAACAGAUGGAAGGAUAUAUCUGUCUUCGUCCACACAGGAGAUGUUGUCUGUUAAUCUGAAAGACACCACAGCCAUUCGAAUGCUGCAAAAAGAAAACGUGGAGGUUAUACUGUUGAUCUCCAAAGAUGACCCCGUGGCCCAGUCACUGCGUGAGAUACUGGUCAAGACAACAGGCUGCGAGGUCAUUUAUGUGGGGGAGGAACCUCUGAAUGAUUUGAAGCUAAAAAUGGAGGAGAGGAAACUGACAUGGAAGGAUGUGGCGUACAUGGGUAACGACAAACCAGAUGUCCAGUGCUUGAACCUGGCAGGCUUGAGUGCAGUCCCUUCAGACGCUCCGGUGGUCGCCAUCAAUGCUGCGAAAUACACCUGCCACCAAGCCGGAGGCAUGGGAGCCGUCAGAGAGUUCGCCGAGCACAUUCUCCUGCAGAAAGAAAAGGCGAAGUCCCAGAUGACUCAGGAUCGCAUCGACACCUGCAGCUGCUAAUUUUAGACUGGAACAGGAGUAGUGGUAUGAAAGAAUCAGGGGGUUGGAAGAAAUGAUUUUAAACGCUUUUCUGGGUUUUAUUAAGUUAACAAAUCAAUCAACAAAUCAAUGGGAAUAGUUAUAUAUUUGUGUUAGGUCUGUCACAUGAACGCUGCAGUAUAACUAAAAUGUUCACGCACUUCAUACUUGAAUGAUCUACAGUAAAUCACCCUGAACUACGGUGGUAACUGGUGAUUGCUUGAGACUGAGGACAUUUGGGUUUUAGAUAAAAAGCACAUCAGUGCUUUUGUUAGAAGGGUUGUUUCAGUGUUGGGGCUAAUUGGUUAUAACCAGGUGUCCUGGUCCAUUCCUUCGCCGGUUACCACCCUUUCCGUAAAGGGUCACAGAGGUUCUGGAGUCAGACUGCCACUGGGCAAGAGGCAGGAUGCAUCCAGGACAGCACACGUGAUCACAGGGCUCACAUACUGAGACUAAACAUUCACACCCAUAGUUAAUCCAGAGCCCUGAGGUCACGGUGUCUCUCGUCUUGGUUGAAGAAACACUAAGUGAAGUAAUAUGCAGUGUUCAUUUAUUUAUAUAUCUUAAAACAAGGAGCCUUAUUUAAUUUUGUUUAUUUAAUUAUGUAUUUAGACAUUUGAUUAAAUACGCUGUACAUGUAUUUGGUCUUAUGCCUCUGAUACAUAGCGAAUGUUUUAAUAAAUUCACACUGAUUGUC